AUGAUUAAUGUUACAAAAUCACACGAAGAAGUUAAAGAAAUCUGCGCACAAAAUGGUGUCGAUAUUGACACUAACAACCGAGAACCUUUUUAUCAGCUUUUACGACGAAUCAGUGACGAAGAAGAUACUAAAAGAUCUAUACCAGAACUGGUUGAUUUAUGUCGGCAACAAUAUGCCGAUAAUAAUAGUCAAUUACAAGUUAUCAAUGAAUUUCAACGUGAUUAUGAAAAUUGGGUUUCUAUAUGGUGGUACACCCGUGAUUCAUUUGUUUAUCGUCUAUUGAAUAAGGCAUUACGACAGCAAAAUAUAGAUGUAUUAUUUUUAUUUCGUUUCUUAAUUCAUGAUAUUUAUGUCUUAUUACAAGAACAACAAAAAUGUUUUAAUCAGGAUAUAAUGUUGUUAUAUCGUGGUCAAUGGUUACAUAAAACAGAAUUUGAAUGUUUAAAAACUUCUAGAGGACAAUACAUAUCAAUGAACACGUUUUUAUCGACAACAAAAAAUAGACAACUGGCAUUAAUAUAUGCUGGUUCUGAUAAUAUAGAAAAAAAUUUAAUAUCAGUUUUAUUCGAAAUUAAAGCAAAUACUCGGCGUAAUGAUUUAAAACCAUUUGCCGAUGUUACUUAUAUGAGUCAAUUUGGUGAAGGUGAAUCAGAAAUACUCUUUAUGAUAGGAUCAGUAUUCAAUAUUACAGAUAUUGAUUUUAAUAUAAUAGAUAAAAUAUGGGAGAUUAAAUUAGAAUUAACUGGCGAAAAUGAUAAACAGUUAAAAGAUGUUUAUUUGUCACUGAGAAACGAAAUCGGUGAAGAAGUUAGCCUUCUAUCACUUGGUCAUGUAUUAUUUCAAAUGGGUAGUCAUGAUAAAGCAAUUCAAUGUUACCAUCGAGCUUUAAAACAAUUACCCAUAGAACAUCCAUACAUUCAGCGAUGUUAUUAUGGUCUUGCAGAUGUUCUUUCUGAGAAACAUGAUUAUGAUCAAGCCCUGUUUUAUUAUGAACAAGCACUUAAAUUAGAAAUCGAUUCCGUUGGUAGCCCGUAUUUAAUUGGUGAUAUAUAUAAUAGCAUUGGUAUGAUGUUUUUUGAUAAAGUGGAUUAUGAAAAAGCAUUAUUUUAUUACCAAAAAGCUCUCGAUAUCUUCUUAAAUUCAAUUGGUUUUAAUGAACUUCGUACGGCAAAUGUCUAUGGAAACAUUGCAAAUUUAUAUAAUAGACAAAAACGAUAUGACUUAGCAGAAAAAUAUUAUAAUGAAUGUUUAAAAACUGGAAAAAAUUUACUACCUGAUAAUCAUCCACAUAAUACACAAACAUUGAUGAAUAUUGGCGUUUUACAGAUGAAUCGACGUGAUUAUGUAUCAGCUUUAGAAUCUUAUAAACAAUGUUUAAAAAUAGAAUUAGUAACACUUCCUUCUGAACAUCCGUCUUUAGGGGAUAGUUAUCUGAACAUUGGUGAUGCAUAUGCAAAUAUGGGUCAAUCGGAAUCUGCUCUACAAAAUUAUACAGCAGCCAUGAAUAUUUAUAAAAAGUCGCUGCCAUUAUCGGAUCCCAAAUUUGCACAACUUAGCUGGAGAAUAAAUACUUUAAAGAACAGCUAA